GCUAAAAAACACAAAUGCAAUCCCCACCUCCCUUCUCCGCUCAGCCCGACGCCGCCAUCUCCGGGACCGCCGACGAUUUUCCUCCUAUUCGUUCACGGCUCGGCCCGACAGCUCCAUCUCCGGGGCUGCCAACGAUUUUCCUCCUCUCCUCUCGCUCAGCCCGACGCCACCAUCUCCGGCACCGCCGACCAUCUUCCUCUCCGUUCUUCGCUCAGCCCAACGCUACCAUCUCCGGGACCGCGAGCCGGGCUGCCACUGCACCGCUUUGCCAUCUCCAUUCUCCUUGGAUCUGAACCCUCCGUCAUUUGCCCGAAAGUUGGAGGCUUGCAACCAUGGAAGCUGGCAAAGAAGAUGACCCUGUUUUUCUCGACCGUGCUUCUCGAGGAACAAGAGGCAAAAGGAUGACCAAGUUGCUUGGUGAGGAGAUUGAAGAGGAUGAAGUUUUCUGGAGUCAGGAAGCUCUUAAGGAGGAAGAAAAUGAUGAAAAUUAUGAAGAAGAAGCAGAGGUUGCCGAUGUUUUUGACAGUGACUUUGAUGAGGAUGUCAGUAUUUUUAGAUUUGUUGCAAUUUUGCAUUUCCCACAGGCUUGCUGAACCUGAAGCAGAUGAAGAAGUAGAAAACGAGCCAGAUGAUAGGAAGCGGGCAAAGAAGAAACUAAUAUUUCCUGGAAAGGUGUCGGCAAAGAAGAAAAAGAAAAAAAAGGUCCUCUCAAAACUAGGAAAGGUUCCCCAGGAUGAAGAAACUGCUGAGCAGUCUAGUGCCCCUGAACAACAUGAUGUGCCUGAGGAUGUGGAUGCAGAAUCAGAGAGAAUCGUUAGGAAAUCGACAAGAACUUCAGUCAUUGUUAGGCAAGCUGAAAGAGAUGCAAUACGGGCAGCUAUGCAAGCAACAAUGAAGCCUAUAAAAAGGAAAAAGGAAGGUGAAGAGAAGAAGAUGACCCAAGAAGAGAUGCUUUUGGAAGCAGCUCAAACAGAAAUCAUGAACUUGAGAAACUUAGAGCGUGUAUUAGCAAGGGAGGAAGAAGUGAAGAAAAGAGCAAUUGUGCACAAAGAAGUUUACAGUGGCCCUCAGAUGCGAUAUAUAUCUAGAGAUGGUAAAUCCUAUCUAGAAUUCGGUAAAGGAUCGUCAUUUCAGGCAGAUAUUUCCACAGCAUCCAUGCCAUAUCCAGAGAGGGCCAUGUGUGCAGUUACUGGGUUGCCUGCAAAGUACCGUGAUCCAAUGACUGGGCUACCUUAUGCGACAAAAGAAGCUUUUAGGAUCAUCCGUGAACGGCUUUCGGAAGAAAGCAGUAACUCUGCUAAGAAAAAGAGCAUGGGGAUUUUAUAUGACGUAAUUUCUGGGCAAGGUUUUCCUGAAAGGCGGAAGAGAUCAGUAACUCCAAACCCAAAGGAUGCGUCAGAUUUUCGGUUCUCAUCACGUUUCCUUACCAUUCCCGCCCUGGAAAGCGAAGCAUCAGAGUAGCUGCCUUUUCGACGAGAUUUCAGCACACACUAUGCAUGCUUGAUAGGAAGUUGAAAGCUCUCCUCAUUUGGAUCCAUGAGGCCUAAAGCAUGAACCAAAUAUGACGGAUGGUGAAAUUUAGGAAGCAACAGCUUGCAUUUGCGCCUAAUGCAUGCUUGGGCAAAUGCCAAAAGAAGACACAUUAUCAUGUAUGUAUUCUAGACUUCUAGUGUCAUAGGCCUAGCGUGUUUGUUGAAGGCACUGAGAAGUUAUCUAGGGUCUCACAAGCUGGGGAAGCCCUUUUAUCCAUUGUUACUUGCAUUAUUGCAUUGUAGUUCUCUUGUCCUCAAAAGGAAAAAUGAGCAAAAAAAGGUGAAGAAAUAGGGAGCCAAGUAGGUUUCUGCAAUGGAAUUGUACUUGAAUCAUGCCCUCUAAUUGUUUAACGAUAUAGUGCAUCAUCGGUCCAUUUAAGAUGGGCUUAUUUUUGCUCCGCCGAAGUUUCCAAAUGAUAUAUCAUAUGCUGUUGUAUGUCAUUAGUCGUGA